UUUUUUUUUUACCCACUAAACUACGACGUUCGCACACGUACUUUGUAACAUUCUCUCUAGCAAAAUGGUGAGCAGCGGAAAGAUGACGUCGUUCGACGAAGAGGCGGCGGGGGUGGGAAAGGUGGUGGAGGAGGAGAUCAAUGGAACGGUGAGAAGUGGUGGCGCCGCAAGUGUUCUAUCUCGGAGAGCUGAAGUGACGCACUUGUGCCUGAGGGCGUUGUGCAUGGCGGCCUCGGUGACGGCGCUGUCGUUCAUGGUGACAGCCAGGGAGGCGACCACUGUGUACGUCUACGGAUUUCCGCUCCCCGUCAACUCAAAGUGGUCCUUUGCCAACGCCUUCGAGUAUCUGGUGGGAGUUUCAGCAGCUGUGGCAGCUCACUCAUUGAUGCAACUACUAAUAAGUGUGUCUAGGCUGCUCAGGAAGUCUCCACUCAUUCCCUCAAGGAACCAUGCAUGGCUUACUUUUGCUGGUGAUCAGGUAUUUGCCUAUGCUAUGAUAAGCGCAGGGUCAGCUGCAUCAGGAGUAAGCAACCUGAACCGCACCGGAAUCCGGCACACAGCUCUUCCGGAUUUUUGUAAACCCUUGCAUAUUUUCUGUGACCAUGUUGCAAUCUCAAUAGCCUUCACUUUCUUCAGUUGCCUCCUGCUGGCCAUAUCUGCUGUCCAGAAUGUAAUUUGGCUCUCCAAGAACUGACGAAGAUGACAACGACGACGUCGAUUGGUUUCAUCCAUGAUUUUCCGCUUGAUGUUGCACUUGCACUUUAAAUUAUCAUAAUUAUAUUAGCUUAAUUAACUAAUUAGUCUCAGACUCUGUUUUAAGGGUUGAUGUUCCUUUUGUAAAGUUCUAAAGAACUCUUCCGUACAUAUGUUGAUGGAAAAUGCUGGAUGUAUGGCGCUUGAUGACCAAGCUUUGUCAGAAUGCUUCUGCUAUAAUGUGACUGGUACAUGCAUGGGCAAGGAUUGGAGAGAA